AUGCCAUCUACCUUCACAGUCGAGGCUAUAUAUACAGUCAUAGGGGCAGUUCAUAUAUGCAUCAAUACAAACCUCUGUAAUUUGACCUAUUUAUAUCUGAAUAACAACUCUGCAAUAAUCGAAUUUCCUGUUUUUCUCAACAACUUGUCUGGAUGCAUAUCGCUUCCAUUACAAUGGUUGGAUGCUUCUCAUAGCCAAUUUGUAGGGCCACCAUCCUACAAGAUCCAAACACUGACAAAUCUUACCCAUCUUGAAAUGAGCUCUUGCAAUCUAGGCCCUAGCUUCCCCAAAUGGAUUCAAACACUGAAAAAUCUUGUGUAUCUUGAUAUUUCCAAUAAUGGCAUUUCAGACACCAUUCCUAUGGAAGUUUGGGACAUGUGGCCUUCUCAAUUAAUAUGCAUGAAUCUUUCUUCCAACAACAUCUCCGGGAAAGCACCAGAUUUAUCAUUAAAUUUUGACAACAAUUCAGUGAUAGAUUUGAGUUCCAACGGAUUUUAUGGUCAAAUAUCGAAUGUUUCUUCCACUGUGGCAUCAUUAAAUCUUUCCAGAAACAAAUUCUAUGGAGGAAUCUCAUUUUUAUGCCAAAUUGUCCAUGGGCUUUUAGAGUUUCUUGACCUCUCCCAUAACUCUCUAACCGGACAAAUUCCAGACUGUUUGUGGCAUUUCAAAGAACUAAAAGUCCUUAAUCUUGGACACAACAAUCUAUCUGGAAGGCUUCCUCCCCCCAUUGGAUCUUUGAUACAACUCGAGGUGUUGGAUUUACACAAGAACGGCUUAUUCGGAGAAUUGCCUUUGUCCAUAAAGAAUUGUACGAAUUUGACCACAUUAAUUUUGGGGGCCAACAAGUUUUCUGGUAAUGUGCCUGUCUGGAUUGGGGAAAAGUUGUCAUGGUUGUAUGUUCUUAUACUAAGAUCAAACAUCUUCUUUGGAACCAUCCCUUUGCAAUUAUGUCAAUUACCAAAUCUUCAAAUUCUAGACUUGUCCAUGAACCAUCUCCAUGGAACCAUCCCCUCGUGUUUGGAUAAUCUUAUGAGCAUGGUUCAAGAAGGAUUGUUACCAACACAAAAUGUGCAUUCCUAUUCAAUUGAGUGGUAUUAUUCAGGAGGUGGUCUUUAUGAUUUUCAAGAUGAUGAGUAUGUUGACCAUGCAAUGAUCGAGUGGCAAGGAGAUGAACAAGAAUUCUUCAGAAAUCUUGUACUGUUGAAGAGCAUUGACCUCCGUUGUCCAUUGUCUUUAUCCCACUUCCGUUGUAUGCAUAGGCAUUUACUCUCUAGCAAUGUUGUGAAGAAAGUCAGCCACAACAAGGCGGUGACAGAAGGAGUUCACUCUAAUAUUCUGAUGACGGAAGGAGUCGCCACAGGUGGAGAAGCAGCCCGAGAAAACGCUGACAGAGGCCAACUCCACCGCCGUCGUAUUUUUUUACCUCGAUCGCCACCACCAUCAGCCGCCUCAUCUGGACAUGCGAUUUGGGCUUGA